GAGCGCCCGCCUCUCCCCCGCGUUCUUCAAAUCAAUUCAAAACGACUGAGCGGUGGCGGCUGAUGAUGGCAGUUGCAGCAGAGCUUCUUUAGAGAGGAAAGCAGUGGAGCAUCGAGAAAGUCAGUCAAGUGAAAGUAGACAACAGUUUUAUCGGUAAAGCAAAAAAAUGGAAGACAAAGAAAACGUAAAUGGAUCUGCACAGAACAGGCUAAACAGCACUCUGGGGGGAAAUAUAAUUUCUCCAAAGCCCUUAAAAUCUCCCACUGUAUUGAAGCAAAUUGAUACAGCUACAAAUUGUAAUCCUCUGUCCGGUACUACAGCAGUUUCUGACCCUGCCGAAAACAAAAACAAGGGCACCCCAUUCAGUAAGACCUUCUCACUCAACAGAAAUGCAAAAGAGAAACAGCUGAAAAUAACUACCCCCAAUCCUGGUGCAUGCCUCUCAGAGAAGCGUGUGCUUGGUUCAUAUCGUGGCAGGAUCGUGUCAUCUAAGAUCAACUCGUUCAGAAAAGUUCCAGAAAAUGAGAGUAAAAGGUAUUCUUUGGCUGUUCCACCUAAGUCAGUGGUGAGAACUGGAACCACAGAGAGUAGUAAAUGCACUAGGGACACCCAGAUUACCAGCACAGUAGGUGCUUCUAAGCCUGAAGUUGUAACCCUUCUCCAAAACAGGCCAACUGUGAGAGUGUCUGUCAGCCAUCCCAAGGCCAUUCUGUCUCACGAGAAACAAUCUCUUAGUAGUGCAUUAGUGCAUAAAGGAGAAGCCCAAAUAAACCCUGUCAGAAAUUGGAAACCAGUGUCAAAGGCUGUUCCACCCAAUACUAAUAAUUCUGUGCACAGAACAAAAAAACCUAGCGUAUCUAAAACUGUAAGAGAAAGUUUAGCAAGACCUCUUUCUGAAACCCGUAGUACCGUGUCAGCUUCAAAAUCAGUUGACAAGAGAAACAGUAUUCGGGCAAGAUCUUCGGAAGUGAGAAGAACUCAGCUAGCUGAAUGGCAAUCACGGAAAGGGAUCAAGAAGCCACCUGCUCCAGUAUUUGCUGUUACUCAGACUGAAAUAGAAACAGUUGGGCAAACUGUAAAAGAACCAGCUAAGUCAUUUUGGGCUGCUAUAGCAGAAGAAGAUGAACAAGGAAUCGUCAGUGAUGGUGUCAAUAAGACACUUGCAGAAUGUUUAUCCUUAAUUGAGACGGGUUAUGCUGGUGAAGCAGUUCAUUCCACUUUGCAAAAACUCAUACUUCAAGUGCCUGAUGCAAAAAAGCUUGCCAAAUAUUGGGUAUGCCAGAUGCGCCUUGAACAGUUUCGUUCCACUGAAAAGGUGCUUGGUAUUUAUGAAAGUGCCAUUCUAGCAGGAGCACAGCCAAAGGAUGAAUUACGUCAUGCGUUAGCUGAUGCUAUGAAGGCUACAACAAAUCUAAGAAAAUCUGAUGAAGAAUGUGUGAGGAAAGAAAUCACUCAAAAUGAUGAGGCAAAGGAAGUCAAUUUAGAUAAAAAUAAGAUAGACACUGUUUCCAAGGAAGCUCCUUUGAAUAAAAAUACGGAGUCAAGUAAUGAAGAGAAUUUCCCAAAUGCAGCCGAUGUUUGUUUGAAGUCGGAACAAGAGAACUCUUCAGUUGAAAAAAGUCCAAGAAACGAACAGAGUUGUAAGCCUGCGUUAUGUAAAAAAGAGGAGGAGAGUGACAGCAACACAGACAAAGAUGAACUCUUGGAGUUUAAAACUCCUGAAAAUGACAACAUGGGAUCGUUCUUAAUUAAAUAUAAUUUGUCAACUACUCCUUAUUUGGAAAGUGCAAAGAAAAAACUACAAUGUGAAGUAAAUGAUUCUGCUGUUAAGGAUCUGAAAUAUCUAACACCUGUGAGACGCUCUCGCCGCAUAGAUGAGAAGAAGUCCAAGUUGCCAAAAGACCUGAAAGAGCGCAACCUUUGUGUUUCUUCGCUUCAAGAGCUUGGAGAAAUGGGAGAUGAUGGUACUGGUUUCAUCUAUAGACAAAACAGUGCCUUGCAAAAAGUUUAUCCACAAGAACUGUCCAAAGAGUGAUAGUACUGUUUUAAAAAAGAUUGUGUCCAGCUCCUGUAGCUCUGUAUAAAUGUAUUCUUCUCUUUCUUACUAUGGUAUUAAACUAUGAAAUAAAUAAGCUGUGGGGAUGAUACAUUCCCAACUUGUAUGGUCUCGGUAGCAAGAUUCACCAUGGAUAACACUAACCUUAUUUUUAUUUUACCCUGGAAAACAGCUUUAAAAGCAUUUUCUUUGCAUUUAACUAAAGUGCCUAUCUGUCGCCUUCAAACAUGUAAUUAACAAUUAUCUUCCCACAUCUAGUACUAUUUGUAGUGUACUUUAUAGAUAUCUUCUCAGAUCUGGUAUAUUUACUUAAUAAUUCCUAAACAGUUCUAAAUGAUUACUAUGGUGUGUUCUACGUGGGCCUUUGGCCCGCCCCCAGUACG